GGCGUUAGCACCUGGAUGAUGUUACAUACCUAGGGCACCUAGCUGUCAGUAAGCUGCGACUGGAAAACCGUUACUUCCAUCAUCAAACAUCAACCUCAAUAUCCAUAAUUCAUUGAUUCUUCAAUUUUCAUCAUCAACAAAAACUACUCGGCGCUUAUCAGAAUCAAAAUCAACAAAUAUUUCCCACACACACACACACCUGACUACAUCCGUCCGUUCUAUCCUAAAUCCUGGGUAGUAAAUAAAGCUGCGAAAAUGGCCGACGUUCUCGUAGAUAACCCGGCCAACAUCGUGGCGCCACACAACAAACCCAUCCCUUCCAACAUCCCAAAUGUCGAGACCAUUGACGGAAUACCGGCGCAGGGUGGAGAUGAAUAUGCCGUGCUGAAGAAAUUGCAAAGACAUCUAGAAUACAUCCAGCUUCAAGAAGAAUACAUCAAGGAUGAGCAGAGGAGCUUAAAACGCGAACUCGUCCGAGCCCAAGAAGAGAUCAAGAGGAUCCAAAGUGUUCCGCUGGUUAUUGGCCAAUUCAUGGAAGCUAUCGACCAAAACACUGGCAUAGUUCAGUCAAGUACAGGAUCUAACUACGUUGUUCGGAUUCUAUCUACCCUGGACCGCGAGAAGCUUAAACCCUCCUCUUCUGUUGCCCUACAUCGUCACUCUAAUGCUCUUGUCGAUAUUCUACCUCCAGAGGCCGAUUCCUCCAUCGCCAUGCUUGGCGCUGACGAGAAGCCUGACGUAACAUAUGCCGAGGUCGGUGGUCUCGAUAUGCAGAAGCAAGAGAUUCGUGAGGCCGUUGAACUGCCUCUCACCCACUUCGACCUCUACAAACAGAUUGGUAUCGAUCCCCCGCGCGGUGUCCUACUGUACGGCCCUCCCGGUACGGGUAAGACUAUGCUUGUCAAAGCCGUCGCCAACUCUACAACCGCCAACUUUAUCCGUGUCGUCGGAUCUGAAUUCGUUCAAAAGUACUUGGGAGAAGGUCCCCGUAUGGUCCGCGAUGUCUUCCGCAUGGCCCGCGAGAACUCCCCUGCUAUCAUCUUCAUCGACGAAAUCGACGCUAUCGCUACCAAGCGUUUCGAUGCCCAGACCGGCGCUGACCGCGAGGUCCAGCGUAUCCUUCUCGAGCUGCUAAACCAGAUGGAUGGUUUUGAUCAAACUGCCAACGUCAAGGUUAUCAUGGCAACGAAUCGCGCCGACACACUCGACCCGGCCUUAUUGCGUCCCGGCCGUCUCGACCGUAAGAUCGAAUUCCCCAACCUGCGCGACCGUCGCGAACGCCGUCUCAUCUUUACCACCAUUGCCUCGAAGAUGAGCCUCGCUCCCGAGGUCGACCUCGACAGCCUCAUUGUCCGCAACGAUCCUCUCAGCGGCGCUGUCAUCGCCGCGAUUAUGCAGGAAGCCGGCCUCCGCGCCGUCCGCAAGAACCGCUACAACAUCAUCCAGGUCGACCUCGAAGAUGCCUACUCCAGCCAAGUCAAGGGCACAGCCGACGAGAACAAAUUCGACUUCUACAAAUAAACGAGAGGAACUCGUAUUAUGGUUUAUGGCUUUGCGAGGAAGGGUAGUGAGAAAAAGGGGGGGCAUGAAAAGGAAUGGAUACUAUGCAUCUUCCAGCAAGCAUUGCUUAGGUAGUGGAAAUGGAAUAUAGGGCGUGGGCUCUAACCCUCCCUUCCCCUUUUUACUACUGCUACUACUUGCUACUACAACACCGUAGAGGUUGACGGCACGGUUGUACAGUAAAUCUGUAUUAUCAACACGCCUACCUAAAAUACGUAGGUAGGCAGGCACUAGCUAGGCUAUACACACACAUACAUACAUAACUACGAAGGACAUCCAUCAC